AUGAAUUCCAAAAUUCCAGAGGCCGAACCCACAAGUGAUUCGGAUCAUCGAGAGCAGCUUACAAUUCUCGUCACAAGUGGUAAAGCGAAGGAAAUGAUUGACAUACCUCUCACCAUGGAUCAAGUCAAGGGCUUCCCGAAAAAGAUGUUGAAAUACUUCAAAAGGUACGAGACCUUACUAUAAAAAAACACUUGUGAAGCUAUCGUUAACACUUUUCUCGAGCAAUCAUGUAAGGCAUCGUCAAGUCUCCUCUCCCUUGAUGAAAGAAAGCUUCCGAUAGAUUUGAAUGAUAACUUCGUGGUCAAGAGAAAUUGGAAUGAUUGCCGUAAGACUGAGUCUGAAGUAUGGAAUAUACAAGGCGAUCACAAGUGCCGUUCUUCUCACUGCUAGUAAUGUUGAUUUUGAGUAGGUUCCUGAGAAGGAAUCAGAUACCGGUCUUUCUGAAGAAGCUGAUUAAGUUCUUAUCAUGACUUGAUAAGAAAUUGAGCGAGUACUUUGCUAAGUACUUGAGUAAGUACUUGAAAAUUAUGCAUUGAAAAAUAAAAUGGAUGGAAAAGAACUUAAGACUGAAAAAUUACCAGUAGCACAAAAGGUGAAGAGUGAGAGAAGCAAAGAAGCAUAGCUUAGGUGUUAGAGAAAAUAACGCUGAUUCUGAACAACACAUUGAGAAGAAAGCUGAAACGUUAUCAUUAUUCUCACUAACUCAAAUACUUUUAGUUGCAAGCAUUGUUCUUUCACGGGUUGCACUCUGCUAUAAAAGGAGAGAGGUGAUGGCUCUCGUUAACAAACCAAAACCACAGCCUCAACCAACACAACCACAGAUUCCUGUUGGAGUAAAACCAGUGGAUUGA